AUGGUGUGCUGUGCUCACCGCUGCGUUCGCUGCCACCACGCCUCGCGGGAACCUCUUGUCUCUAUUCUGUCGAUUCGGAGGAACGAGAUAGGCCGGCUACCCGACGAGCUAGGCGGCAUGCAUGCCCUUCGCUCUCUUCGUGCCCACUCCAACAACUUGGAAACCCUACCAACCUCCGUGGACGGGCUUGUGUCCCUCGAACUGUGCGACCUCAGCAGCAACAGGUUGUUGACCCUCCCGAACGAUUUCUCGUACGCGACGGCGCUGACACGACUUGACCUGUCGAGUAACCGCUUGCGACACCUCCCCCUCGACUUCGGACUUCUCUUCAGCCUCCAGAGUCUGGACGUCUCGUGCAACCAGCUCGCCGACUUGCCCACCACGGUGUCCUCCCUCAAGAGCCUGCAGAUUCUGAAGAUUGGAGAGAAUGCGGUGGUCGAAUUGGCGGCGGCCUGGGGUGGCAUGACCAGCUUGGUCGAGUUGGAGGCACAGACAAAUCGCAUCGGGAGGGUGUCCCCCAACAUCGGCGAGUUGUUGCAGCUGCAGCGGCUGGAUUUGUGUCGGAAUGCCAUCGAGGAACUGCCCGCGACAUUUGGCCUGCUGACCAAGUUGCACGACAUCAACUUGCGGUCCAACCUCAUCACCAAAAUCCCGGAUGAAGUUGGAGCUCUGAAGCAACUCAACACCUUGGGCCUGGCGCACAACCGCCUUGAGCGCCGCCUCCCUGAUCAUCUCGGGCUGCUGACCCGCCUAACACACCUGGACAUCUCGAGCAACAACAUCGGAAGCUUGCCGCCAUCAUUAGGCGCUCUGGAGGAUCUGGAAACUCUCAACGCGUCAAAGAACGCUCUCGGAAACCUUCCGCAGAACUUGACGUUCCUCACGAGUCUAACGGACCUGGACCUGAGCUGCAACCGUUUCAAGGACAUGCCGAUGCUUCUGUGCGGCAUGAAGAACUUGCUACGGCUUGACCUGACGUCCAACAUCAUCGGCACUCUGCCAAGGGAGAUCGGGGCCCUAACGACGCUUACUAAGCUGCACCUCAGGCACAACCUGCUUAAGUCACUCCCCCUGGAAAUGGUUGAGCUGGAGAAGAACGUGAAGGACCUCAACCUUGAGCAGAACCCUCUCCCGGUGCUGCCGGACAAGUGGCACCUUCGCUUCGGACUCGAGGCACACGCCACCCGUCCUGCAGGGUACACGAGCAACGAGGUCUUGGAAUGGGUACGCGCCCAGCGCAUGUUCCACGACCACGCCACGGAAGAGUGGGACCAGAAGGCGGGGCUGUACCUCACGGGCCGUGCCUCGGCAAAGGAGUUCGUAGAGGGCGUGCGAGCUCGCGUGGGGGAGGGCGUCUGGCGGCCGUACCUCGAGCCGCACGUGCUACGCGUGUUCUUCAGGGCGAAGAAGAACGGACUGCCGGACGCGUAUCACAAGAUCAGCGAAGCCGAGGUCGCGGAGCGAGGACAGGUUGCGACCGAACUUUCCGCCACAAGGGACGACCAAAUGCGCUUGUGCGCGGCUGAUGCUCAAGCCCGGAUAGAGAGAGACAAAAGGAGAGGCUCCGUACAGUCCACCAUUGCGAAUGCCCGUCUCGCCGAAACCCAUAGGCUCAAUCGAAUUUGUAACUCUAGAUCCCCGCGAUGAGGUUUGAUGUAUUCCUCUGAAGACACUCCGUCAGGAAGUGUUCUGGGAUGACUACUGUGUUAGAAACGUUGACACCGAGGGGAAGAGGGGGGGGGUGCUACAUCUACAGCAGCACUCUUACAAGAACGAUAAUUUUACACUCAACCCAAUACUACUGUAGUAUGUAUGAGUGAGUGACUUCAUUCUGCGGUUCUGCGAGCAAUACGUAAGUCUACGCUUCAAAGAGUAU